AUGCCCCUCUCCUUGGCCUUUCCGCAUGAGAAGCCCAGCCAGGGCCCGGGAGGCGAAGAGCGGCCGACGCACGUCUACGAUCACGGGGCCGCCUACACUGGUAGUUGGCUGGGAGAGCAGCGAGAAGGCUACGGUGUCCAGGUUUGGCCGGACGGAGCUCGUUACGAAGGGCAGUGGAAGGCCGACAAGGCACACGGUUGGGGCCGGUUCGUUCAUGCGGAUGGCGAUGUGUACGAAGGGGAGUGGUUUGGGGACACCGCCCACGGGCAGGGGACCUACAGCCAUGCAGACGGGUCCAAGUACGAGGGGCAGUGGGAGUACGACCGUCAGCACGGGCAUGGCGUGGAGCACUGGGUAGAUGGUGCGCGCUACGAGGGAACGUAUCAGGCUGGGAAGAAGCACGGCAAAGGGUAUUUCACCUGGGCUGAUGGCUCUUCCUAUGAUGGUGAGUUCUUCAACAACGACAUCCACGGCUCUGGUGUUUACUCCUGGGGCGACGGGCGGAAGUACGAGGGCCAAUGGGAAGGAAAUCGGAUGCACGGCAACGGCAAGUUCAGCUGGCCAGACGGACGACACUACGAAGGAGAAUACAUUCACGACAUCAAGCAUGGCUAUGGGAUUUUCAAAUGGCCUGAUGGCAGAGAGUAUGACGGCCAGUGGCGGAAUGGGAAGCAACACGGCAUUGGAUGGUCCUCCGCACCGAAGCAGGAGAAGCGCAAUGGCGAAUGGAUGGACGGAAAACGAAUAAGGUGGAUUGGUGAAGAGAAGCCGAAGACUCAGAGCGACAGAGCGACAGAGCUCCAGGACGAGGAAAACCCCGCUGCAGGCUGCUGCAGAACGGAUCCCCUUCUCUCCCACAUGGGAGCGUCUCACAUUAGUGCUCUGUUAGGCAACGACCUACUCGAAACGCGAAAUGCCUUGUCAGAGCAAGACGCAGGAAGAGAUCUGCAAGGGAAAGGCACAUGUGACACUCAGUCUCAAAGACGCCGGUCGGCUCACGGCUCAAGCUCAAGUUACGGGGGUGGGCGGGGCCGUCCGGGCGGGGUGGUCUUCCGUCGGCGGACGGAAGAUGACGCCCGGCGGGCGCCGUUUCGGCAGAUGAAGCGGGGCCUGGGUUUGGGCCUGGGCCUGGGCCUUGGCGGCGCGAAGGACGCGAAGCGUUCGCUUCGCACCACCGAGGCCGAGUCCUGGUGCUGCUGCUUCCGGUGGUGGUGGGGGCCCCAGCGCCGAGCCAGCGCCGAGCCUCGCCGAGAGUCCCAUGCUGAAGCGAAGUUCUCUUCAAGGCGUCAGAGCCCCUCGGAUCCAUUCGCGCCCGGGGCACUGGAGAUCGAACCCCCGAGCUGCCAGCUCCAGCCGUCUUUCUCCGCCGAGACCACUUUCUAUGUGGUGGAUUGUCCGGAGCAGGUGAAGCAAGUCGCCCUGAAUGCAGAGAGCGUCUUCGAGCUUUUUGCAAACGGCGCACCGUUGAAGCAACCUCGGAUCGUUCAACAGCUCGGGGUUGGCACUGCCAAAGUGCUGGUGUUGCGGGCGUGUGUGGGCGAAACGACUGGGUGCCGCCACUACACACUGGACUUACACCGAGCGGGCUCUAGUGAGGCCUUGCUGGCCGAGCUGCUCGUAACUAGUGGAGGUACGGAUGUGGCCCUCUCCCCACCUUUCCAUCCUUCUGUAAAGCUUUACCGCACAGAUGUGCCGUUCGGUAGCACGACAACGAGUGUGAUGGCCUCCGCGGCAAAAGGCGGAUUCGUGUCCUUUAGGUCCUUCUCCUCUGCAGACCGGCAUAGUCAGUCCACGGAAGUGGAGGUGCCGAGCGAAGGGACGUCGCUUGGAUCCGAGGAGCGUCCGUCGCAGUGGAAGGCUCUCAGGACCCUGAAGGUCUUCGUGGUCUCUGCAGACUGGGAUGGCAAGAUGGAGUACACGCUGCAAUUUGGGCGCGCCCCCAAUGCCGACGCAACGCUCGCAGCUAUUGCGUCCAACGUGGGAGCGCCAUAUCCGGUGGGCGAGGAUCUGCGGCGGUACAUGCUGGAAGUGCCGCGAGGGACACGGGAGGUAGCCCUGAGUGCCACCGCUGUGGACAAGGAGGGCGCGCAGGUCACGUUGGACGGUCAGCACGGCCGCGGCUAUGCUUCUGCUGUUGUGAAGUUGAACCCUUCCGCACCUUACAAAAGAUUGAAGAUAAGGGUAGAGGCCGCAGAUGAGGUGACGGUUUUGGACUAUGUUCUGGUUGUGGCCAUGACGGAGCACAGCAAAUGGGCUAUGCUGGCAGAUCUGGUGGUCCCUGGCUGCGAGGGGGGGCUGCUGCCAAAGUUCGAAACCGAUGUUUUUCGCUAUCGCUGCCUGCUCAACAACGAAGCGCAAGUCUUCAAGGUUAUCCCCACAGUGAUGUGGAUGCCAGGCUUUGACCAGAAACUGCAAAUCUCGAUCAAGGACAAGGAAUGGAAAAGUGGCAACGUGUUCCAGCAGCCGCUCAAUGAUGAAGGAAAGGCAGAGGUCGACAUCGCUGUUUUGGCUUCGGACCGAAAGCACAAGGCAAUGUACUACGUGUCUGCGCAAGGAUCCCCGUUGAAAGAGCGCGGCCGGCUUUUCACUACCCUCGAACCGCCGCCGAAAUCACCUCCAACACCCCUGCCGCAGUACCGCUUCCGUUCCACCACGCCGCAGCCGCAACUUGUCCCGCCACCCCCGGCGCCUCCCACACCGCAGCCGAGGUCGACUACGGAAAGGGCUUCCAUCUCCACAUUACGUCCUUCGGUGGCCCCAGCCGUGCCCAUGUCGCUGCCUCUGCCUCGCUGGCCUGAUGGGCUCCCACUAAGCGGGAUCCACCUCCCCAUUCCGGAGCUCCAGCUUUCAGGGCUCCUGCCUGCCAGUGCUGCCGACAGCGCGGGAGUUGCAGGGGUCCUUGCUGCUGGUGGGUCUGUGGCGGCUUUGCUCGCAUCGCACGAGCUGACGUCCUUCAUGUUGUUGCUCAAGGAGCUGCAGUUUCUGGCGAUCUCUCAUCAAGUUGCCGGCGACUCCUACUACGCCUUGCUGACAGAGCCCUUUCGUGUCUUCUUGCUGGAGAUCGAUUGGCCCGGCCUGGAAGUCUGCGUCCUCGUCUCGCCGGAAGAGGGCGAGCAAGAGCUGGGAGAUGCGGGAGAAGGUGACUGCAGGACUUUGCCGAAUGAGAAGGCAGCAGAAGCGACGAUGGUUUGGUUGGCCUCUUUGCCUCUGGCCUUCUUGCUGCUGGCACUCGGUUGCGUGGAGGCGACCUGGGAGGAGCAACUGCUGAGGAAGUCCCAGCUGCGAGGCUUGGGCCUGCGUGGGCUUCGGAUCAAGGCCUUACCGCUGGCUUUGAUUCUCUUGGACGUGGGGCUGCUUGGUCUCACCAACUCCUCUAAAGUGUUUCUUCCCAACAUGGCCAUCAAGGUGAGCAUCUUUGCUCCUGGACGACUCUGGAUUUCUUGUGUGCUUUCUACAUCAACGCUCCGGUGGCUCUGCUGGGGCGUUGCCUUGGGCUUCUGCGGCUUUGGCGCUGCGCAGCUCCUUCGGCUGCAGCUGUCGGGGCUCCUUUGCUGGAGCCCCAAACUUGGGAAGUUCGCCGAUAAGAACACCAUGGCCGUGACGUUGCGGGACUCCGCGUAUCCCCGUCCGGCUGCGACUGCUUGGGCAGCGAUGGCCGAGGCUUGUGACGGCUUCACUGAGCUGCGGGCAGCAGCCCUGGCCUUAACAUAG